AUGGCCGAAGAACGUAUCACCAACAAUAAUGAGGUCCUUGAACCCUUGUUGCAACGCAAACAAUCCGCACCUGUGCCAGUGAGUUCCGCUCUUGAAGACACUCUAUCCGACACCAGUUUGUCAUACUUUAAACGACUCAGAAAGGCCACAUGCAUCGAACUCAACACCCUCUUCCGCCUGGCAGGCCCCGCAAUCGUUGUGUAUUUGCUCAAUAACAUCGUGUCCAUGUCCACUCAGAUCUUUUGCGGCCAUCUCGGCAAUCUCGAACUCGCUGCUGCCUCUCUUGGCAAUACAGGAAUCCAAGUUUUCGCUUAUGGACUCAUGUUAGGAAUGGGCAGUGCGGUGGAGACUCUAUGUGGCCAAGCUUAUGGGGCACACAAAUACCAUAUGCUAGGAGUUUAUCUUCAAAGAUCAACAAUUCUUUUAACAGCAACCGGGAUCCCAGUUAUGUUUAUUUACAUAUUUUCCAAACAAAUUUUACUCUUACUAGGUGAAUCUAGUUCCAUUGCAUCCUCGGCAGCAAUCUUUGUUUAUGGUCUUAUUCCUCAAAUAUUCGCAUACGCUGCAAAUUUUCCCAUACAAAAAUUCCUGCAAGCCCAAAGCAUAGUCUUCCCUAGCGCAUACAUUGCAGCCGCCACGCUCGUGGUGCACCUUUUACUAAGUUGGCUGGCAAUUUUCAAGUUUGGUUGGGGGCUGCUCGGCGCAUCGUUAGUGUUGAGUUUGUCAUGGUGGAUUGUGGUGGUGGCACAAUUUGUGUACAUUUUAACAAGUGUGAGGUGUAAGCAUACGUGGACUGGGUUCACUUUACAGGCAUUUACUGGGUUGUGGGAGUUCUUGAAAUUGUCCACAGCUUCAGCCAUAAUGUUGUGCCUUGAGACUUGGUACUACCAGAUAAUUGUUUUGAUUGCGGGAUUGCUCAAAGAUGCAGAAAUCGCCUUGGACUCUCUCUCCAUCUGCAUGACGAUUUCUGGAUGGGUUUACAUGAUUGCAGUAGGUUUCAAUGCCGCAGCAAGUGUGAGAGUGAGCAAUGAGCUAGGGGCCGCGCAUCCAAAAUCGUCGGCAUUCGCGGUGGUGAUAGUAACUUCAAGUUCAUUUAUAAUCGCCGUUAUUUUGGCUAUACUCGUGCUUGCAUUUCGCCAUAGUAUCAGCUAUAUCUUCACCAGCGGUUCCACGGUUUCGAAUGCCGUCUCUGAGCUCUCUCCCUAUCUCGCUUUCUCCAUCAUUCUCAAUGGUGUUCAGCCUGUCUUGUCAGGAGUGGCUGUUGGAUGUGGAUGGCAAGCAUUUGUUGCUUAUGUGAAUGUGGGUUGCUACUAUAUUAUUGGCGUCCCAUUGGGUUGCCUUCUCGGCUUCAAAUUCGAUUUUGGUGCUAAGGGAAUAUGGACUGGGAUGAUCGGAGGAACUCUUAUUCAAACUCUCAUCUUAUUAUAUGUCACAUUUCGGACCGAUUGGAAGAAAGAGGUUGAGAAAACAAAGAGUCGUUUGGAUAAGUGGGAAGACCAGAAGGAGCCCAUUUUGAAUUAG